AUGAAUGCUUCUUAUAUGUCACCACGUAUUAUAUCAUCGCCAUCACCACAUUUACCAUCAUCAGCUGGUUCCUCAUCAUUACAUUUAAAUAGUCCAACAUCAUUUGGUGGGCGAACACCUAACUUAAUUGGAAAAAUAAAAACAACAUUUUCAACAUUAAAUAAUAUUAGUCGUGAUACAAUUUUAAUUGGACAAACAGUGAAAAUUUCACAAGGACCUUAUAAAGAUUAUGUUGGCAUUGUUAAAGAUGUAACAGUAUCAACAUGCAGAAUAGAACUUCAUGCCAAGUGUCAAAUAAUUACUGUUGAUAGAAAUAGAAUCGUACCAACAAUAAAUGUUUCACGUCAAUCAGGUGAAAUGUCGAAUCAUUUUACAACGUCACUACAUGGCUCACAAACUCCAUCUUAUGCGUCUUUUGGUUCACGUGCACCCAUGACUGGAAAUCAAACUCCAAUGCAUGAUGGAUCACGAACACCUCAUUAUGGAAGUAUGACACCUCGUCAUGAUGGUUCAAUGACUCUACAUGCUCAUGGUGGUGCAUCACCUUGGGAUCCAACAUAUGCAACAACACCUCGAGUUGACUAUGAUGAUAAUAAUGAAGCAUAUAAUAUUCAUAUAUCAACACCAAUACCAGGUACAACAGGUGAUAGUUUUUCUUCAUCAUUAAAUAUUAAUGAUCAAUCUUCAUCUGAAAGUUAUGCUUAUUUUUCUGAAAUAAAUAAAACUCCUGGAACACAAAUGGCACAAUAUGCACCAAUGUAA